AUCGGAUUGAACGGAGAUAAUGUCGCCAUUACUCGUACUUUGAUUCCAUCGGUAGUUCGUUCGUCAAUGAGUGCUGAACAAGCGGCUUGCGAUCGCAAAAUCCAUUCUUUUCAAUAAGAACGAGUGUCGUGCACUUCCAAGACAUAUAUACAUAUUCUCAGCAUCGCUUUAAGUUUACGCCGUGUGACGUUAUCGCUGAAGCCAGUAUCUGUCUGACAGUGUCAUAGGAUCAAUGAAAAUAGCCGAUAGUGACUUGAACCGAGUCCGUUCUUGUUCGGAUUGUACUUUGUUCCCGCGGGACGGUGCAUCCCCCAACUGCAGGUGGUAUGUACAUGUCAAUGCGACGUGUUGAAAACCGUUAGGGCCAGAUCAAGUAAAGUUUUCCUGCCCGCGGAGCGCUUUCCACAAUGACAGCACCAUGUCGUCAUAGAUCAAUGGUGAUUUUAGUGUUGACAAAGUGACCGCCGCCGGAUGGUAAUUUGUGCAAGCUUAACGCAUGGAUAGCGACAUUGGUGCAACAGCGACAUUGGUGCAACAGUAGCAUCAAACGCACGAUGGUAAUCACUAUCAGGGUCAGAAGGAGCAGGACAACAUGAAUAGUACUGUUGAGUCUGCCGAGGGUCAUGCGGUCGACAAGUUUCGCGGCGAGGCUGGAUGUUCGAUGAAGGAAAUCGCGGUCGUAGCUCCGGACAAUGAUAGCGUUAGAGAUUCCUCUACGCAAUGCAGUGACGUUAUAGACAACGACAAUGAAGAAGAAGAGACAGAUGUCGAGGAAAACGGCGCCGGCGGCUGGAUCUUAAAUCCGCCGGUAUCGACCAUCGUCCAGCAGCAUCACGCGUUCGAUACCACGAAUGGUUACAUCGCCCUUCCGAACCCCGAUUCGUCGAAUUUCAGUAACGUCCGCGUGAAGGAUUCGAGCAAAGUGCAUCUGGGUAAUGAGGUCAACUACAAUAGUCCGGUUACUAUUCAUGUAAACCAUGUCGUUUACACGAAUUCUAAUCCGAAUCAGAAUGCGAGUAAACAUGACGCCAGCAGCGCCUUCGACAAUACCCCGGAUUUGUCGACGAGUAAAGACAACGAAGCUCCAAACGGAUGCACCUAUCCGCAAAAUACUAAUUUAAAUAAAGUGACGCAAUGGCUCUGGACGUGGAAAUGGCAUACGGCUUUAUCGUGCGUAGUUUUAAUACUUCUGGGUAUUAUAGUGUUCAUAAUUGUAUAUUUCACUCGUCAUCCGGACGCACCGACCACACCGACUACACCAACCAUACCAUCCACACCAACCACAACGGUUUCUUGGGAAAUUCCAGAGUCAUCUACCGAGGGUAAUAACGAGACAGAGUUUUGCAUUGUCGACAGGGAUGAAUGGGGUGCACGGCCGUCUUUGGAACCUCUAAAAGAAAUGAAGCUGCCAGUAUCAUAUGUAAUUAUUUGUGACACUAUGAUAGGAUUCUGUACCACGCAAGGAGAGUGUGCAAACAAAGUGAGAUUUGUGCAGGAUUAUUACAUGGAAAAUGAGUCACCGGAUAUCAUCUACAAUUUCCUCGUCGGAGGCGACGGUUUU